UCCAUAAACAUAGGACCUACCUAAAAUUAACAGCAGAAAACAAUGUCCUAGUAGUUCCUAAUCUCAAGGUCAAACACUCACCGCACGUUUCUCUCUCCUCCUUCUCUCACACACAGACACACACAGAUACUCUCUUUUCUCUCUCUCUCUAACCCAACACGGUUUUGACUAACAAACAGAAGGUUUUCAUAUUUUUCAUAAUUUUCCGGAAAUAGAAAACAUAAUUUCUCUCUCUGUGUUGGGUGUGUCUCUGUUUCUCUCUCUCUCUCCGUUGUUGUUGUUGAUCCAUGGAAGAGGAACUUCAGAACCCAGAAGAAAGUUGAAACCUUUGGGCUAAACUCCGAUACCCAAUUGGCUGAAAGCUCCAAUGCGGUGUUGUUGGAGGAGGAGACCCUCCUUGAAGAAGGAAAAUCGUGGAUCUGAUGAUGGUGGGGACAUGGGUGAUGAAGAUGGUUUCAGGUGGUUGUAGGGUUGUUGUGGGGGGCAACGAUCCGGUGGUGGUGCGGCAGCAGCAUAGACGACGAUGCAGCUUCACUUCUCGCCUAGCAUGAGAAGCAUCACGAUAUCGAGCAAAAAUGGGUUUAUUGACUUGAUGAAGAUCAAGGUCGCAGCUUGCCACAUUUCCUAUCGAACCCUCUUCCACACCAUCCUCAUCCUCGCUUUCUUGUUGCCCUUUGUCUUUAUUCUCACUGCUCUUGUUACCCUUGAAGGUGUCAACAAGUGCUCCUCAUUCGAUUGUUUAGGUAGGCGGUUGGGACCAAAGCUUCUUGGUAGGGUUGAUGAUCCGGCGCAGAGACUAGUUAGAGAUUUUUACAAUAUCCUUAACGAAGUAAAGACUAGGGAAAUUCCAUCUGCUCUAGAGCUUCCGGAUUCAUUUGAUCAACUGGUUUCUGAUAUGAAGAGCAAUCAAUAUGAUGCGAAAACGUUUGCAUUCAUGUUAAGGGGAAUGAUGCAGAAAUUUGAGAGAGAAAUCAGAGAAUCUAAAUUUUCAGAGCUGAUGAAUAAACAUUUUGCAGCAAGUUCAGUUCCUAAAGGGAUUCAUUGUCUGUCUUUGCGUUUGACUGAUGAAUAUUCGUCAAAUGCCCAUGCACGCAAACAACUGCCUCCUCCAGAAUUACUACCUACACUGUCUGACAACUCUUACCAUCAUUUUAUUGUUUCAACGGAUAACAUCUUGGCUGCUUCGGUAGUUGUUACUUCUACUGUGCAGUCAUCUCAGAAACCUGAGAAUAUAGUCUUCCAUGUCAUCACUGACAAAAAAACUUAUGCUGGUAUGCACUCAUGGUUUGCUCUAAAUCCAGCCACUCCUGCUAUAGUUGAGGUCAGAGGCAUUCACCAGUUUGACUGGUUGACGAGAGAAAAUGUUCCAGUACUUGAAGCAGUAGAAAAUCAAAAUGGGAUCAGGAAUUACUACCAUGGGAAUCAUUUUGCGGGAACCAAUCUCAGUGAUACCAAUCCAUAUAAAUUUGCCUCAAAAUUGCAGGCUAGAAGUCCAAAGUAUAUAUCUUUACUCAACCAUCUCCGCAUUUACAUACCCGAGCUUUUCCCAAACCUUGACAAGGUGGUUUUUCUGGAUGAUGAUGUUGUAGUUCAACGUGACUUGUCUCCACUCUGGGAAAUUGAUAUGAAUGGAAAAGUUAAUGGAGCUGUGGAAACUUGCAGAGGGAACGAUCAGUGGGUAAUGUCUAAGCAUUUUAGGAACUACUUCAAUUUUUCCCAUCCCCUCAUUGCAGAACAUUUGGAUCCUGAUGAGUGUGCUUGGGCUUAUGGGAUGAAUUUAUUUGAUCUGCGUACGUGGAGAACAACAAACAUAAGAGAGACAUAUCAUACCUGGCUGAAAGAGAAUCUAAGGUCGAACCUGACGAUGUGGAAGCUUGGAACCCUACCCCCUGCUUUGAUUGCAUUCAAAGGUCAUGUUCACCCAAUUGACCCCUCUUGGCACAUGCUUGGCUUGGGUUAUCAGAACAAAACCGACAUCGAGAGUGUGAGGAAGGCUGCUGUUAUUCAUUUCAAUGGCCAGUCAAAACCGUGGCUGCAAAUUGGCUUUGAUCAUCUUAGGCCAUUUUGGAACAAGUAUGUCAAUUAUACAAAUGAUUUUGUUAGGAACUGUCACAUCUUGGAUUCAUAGUCUGCCAUGAGAUGCACUAUGGUUAGAAAGAAAAAGUGCAUGAAUUCGAAAGGGACGAGUAAAUACAUGUUUCAUCUAAAAUUUUGCGGCUUGAGAAGGAAAUAUAAAAUUGGUUGAGAGGGCAAAGUGAUCAGUACAUAGUGGGUGGAAAAUUUGCUGCCACCCCCUAACAUUUUUGCACACACAAUUGCCAUCCUGGCAUGGCCUUAAGAAUCAAACAGUCUUGUGACAUACAAACACGUCCUAUAUUUUUGGUUGGUGAAAGGAUAUACUAUUAUUGGUCUUAUGUGGGGCUACUAUAUCAAAAAUUCCUUAGUGAAUGUUGGAGAAUAAACUGAAUGCUGAAGAUAAAAAAGGGUCAUGGUCAUGCACCUGUGUCAUCAAACUAGUUCGUUGUUGAGAACACAAGUGCUACUAAGAUAGUUUAAUUUGUGAGGUUCCCCCACUAGUGCAGUGUUUUCCCCCCAUCCUUUUUUAGUUUGUUAAUUUUUGUUAGCAUCAAUUUUUACGUUCACCCUAUUGGAUUUGAUAUCAUGAUGGUGAAUUGUAGGAGCAGUAGUUCAUAUGAGAUUGCUUUGUUACAGGUCCA